CCGAACAUUUAUUGCUUUUUUCUAGAAUGUAAUCUCAGUUUUAUUUAAGUCAAUCAGUGAUUGCUGCAGAAAAUACAGAUUGAUUUUUGAAAUAUCAACCUAACUUUCAACCCCUGGAAAUAAGUUAAGCGCUUGAACUUGGAGAGGAAAUUUAUCAACCAUGACUCCAUGACCGCAACGAGAACAGGUCACAGAAGGAGAUGUAAUUCUCCAAGCUGGAUCAUGCUUUUGAGCCUCAAGAGUUGCAAUAUCAGAUAAAAAAGAAGGAAAGAAGAACAUGAAUCAGUUUUCAAGGAAGUCGCAUUUUUGUGAAGUUACCGAUGUCAUAGAUCUUGAUGAAUCAGUUACCACCAAUCACAAUUCCACUCCUGAUGUAAUUUGUCUGGAUGAAUCCGCCAAUAGCUCAACUGUGGAUGUUAAAUUCGAAAAUGUAACUGAGAUUCACAGGCUGAGAGCGGAAGUAGAUUUGACAAGUGAGCUGACAAGGAUUAAAGAUUACUCUGACAAAGUAGUUACCAUCCCAGCAACAAAAAUCCAAUCAAAGAGGAAAGCAGAAGAUGAUAUUGAAGCCUCUAAACCAACGAAAGCAGUAAAAUCUGAUCGACUCUCAACUAUUGAAGAAACUGUUAUCAUAGAAGAUGACAGCCCUUCUUUUAUUUGCUUAUCAGAAUCUCCCUUACCCAAAGAGUCAUCAGCUGGGAUGGAUGUCACACCAUCAACCUCUAAAAACGACUUUAGUAUGCUAGACAACUCUUACAUCCAAGCAGUAGCUGAUGCGUGUGUCGCACGCUUAAGUGAAGCACUUAAACCCUUAGGCCAAUUUACUCCUUAUCAGUCAUUCUUCAAAGGUUGUGAAGUUACCAAAGAACUCCUAAAGCAAGGAGACACAGAUAUUGCUCGAAACUCAAAGUCUGGAGGAAAGAGAAAAAAGAGAAGAAAGAAAAAGUCAAAUAUUGCCAAUGAUGCUGAUUGUAUUUUAAUUGAAAGUGAGUCGGAGGAUUCAAACAGCAGUCAAGGCCCAUCUCAUGCAGCUGCGACUGAUGCCACUAGUGCCAACGAAUUUUGCUCAACUGCAAUGGGACGAUCCUCCGAUGUGGUUUCAAAAACAAAACCAAAAAGUUGUCACUCCAAUAAUAAUUCCUGUGAUAGUAUUUUUCAGUUGGAUAAAAUUCCUUUAGCAUCAAGUAAAAAAGUUGAUGAAGGUAGAGAAGAUGUGGUAGUAAUUGAUAAUGAUUCAAUUGAAAAAGAAAAAUCAGAUGCAUUAAAUAUCGGUAAAAAUGUGUCCUUACCAAUGGGAAAUGUUACCUGGAAGGGUCUCCGACCUGUGAUCAUCGAUGGCUCCAAUGUUGCAUUCAGCCAUGGACUGUCAACGCUAGGUGAAAGGAAAUUCUCAUGUAAAGGAAUCGAAAUUUGUAUAAAAUAUUUCACAGAUAGGGGCCAUAAGGUUAUUGCCUUUGUGCCUCUGUUUCGAAAAUCAAAUCCGUACACAGUUCAGUCAGAACUUCUGGGGAAACUAGCAGAGCAGGGACAUAUUACUUUUACACCCAGUAGAAGAGUGAAUUCUAAACUAUCUGUACCUUAUGAUGACAGAUACAUUGUCCAGACUGCUGUUGCUCUCGGAGGCGUCAUUGUGUCAUCAGAUAACUAUAGAGACCUUUUAGAAGAAAAUGAAGCAUGGAGAUCUACAAUAGAAAAUAGGCUGUUAAUGUUUACGUUUGUUGGCGACAUGCUAAUUUUUCCUCAAGAUCCUCUCGGUAGGUCGGGUCCAAGUCUUGAUGAAUUUCUUCGCUUUCCUAAGUAAUGUUCAGUUUUGCAGUUACUCCAAUGUUCAGAUAAAAUUGUGAUCUCGUUUAAGGAUAAGAAGUGCCUUAAAUGUACAAACUCUUCUAGCAUAGGUUCUGUAUUAGUCUUCAUAAUUAUGUUUACUUUAACUGGUCAGUCAUGAUAGUAAUAGAAUCGAAUUAUAUGGUCGUAGCUUAUGGUGCAAACAAGCUGGACUUUAGAGGAUCUGUGUGGCAACCAUGUUGAUGCAUCUACUAUUAAGGUGAUUUUAAGUGAUCCGAAGACAAGAUCUGCCAAUACAUUUCGCUGCUACCCAGUUUGUGUCUUUUAGAAUCAAUAAUUAUUGUAAUGCACAAAUCAAUGCAAGAAACUGCUCUAUAUAUGUAGUAGCACUAAUGACAUCAAAUUUGAGAGAAUUCAUGGAAAAUUACUUAUAUUGGGAACCACCACAAUGAACGCCUUUCUUUGACUCAAUAUAUAAGGGAGAAAUAGCAUCAUAGUAUCUCUCUCUUAAACAUUGAGUCAAUAGGCGACACCUGUUAUGGCAGUUUCCAAUAAAUAUUUUCAAUGAAUCCUAACAAAUUUGCCACACUACUCAGUCUUAAUGCUGAUAUUUGUCAUAAAUCAUCUUUUUACAUAAAAUCGGACAUUAUGAUAAUUAUUGCCCCUCAAAGACUCAGACCAUGUAGCAGCGCAACCUUGAGGCGGAUUCCGUCUCUAAAAUGCUUAGAAUCACCUUAAAAGGAUGAAAUCAUCCCUAGGGUAUUUUAAGGGCAAUAUCUGUAUCAAAAUCGGUUGUGUGAAGUAGCCCUGGGAUAAAGCUGUUAUUUUCAUUGAGUAUGCAAGCUUCAACCAUCAAAACACAACUACACAGCUAAAAACUUGACCGUAUCAGUACAUGUAUAACCUUAAUUUAAUAUUGAAUGCAUGAAUAUUAAAAUAGUUUUUCUGAUGUGAUGGUAUCAUAGUGGUGCUGAGAGAGGCUUUUAUACUGUUUUAUCGGAGAAAAAAUACACAAUUUGUCUUCUCUUUUAUGAUAAUGCAUCAACUUAUUCAUGGCCUUUAUCUCAUAAUUUUCCAAUCAAUGUACUAUGUAUUCCCAUGUUAAUAUCUCAUGAGCUUCUCUUCAGGUCUUCGUUUUACACAGAGGUCUUAACUCUAAAAAUGUGCUGCUUUGAGAGCAUAAUUUUAAGGUUUCUCUAUUCUGUUAGAUUUGCACAUCUACUGGAAUGAGGUGAAAUUCUAAUUUAAUUUGUGCAUACUGUCCAUAUUAGUGUAUUCAUUUACUGUUAAUAAUUUUUUGUACCUAUGUAAGUAUAGUGCCGAAGUCCAACGUUCAGUAUCAUUCAGAAUCUGUUUUUUUUUUCCUUUUUUCGUCUUCUGUGUGCGUUGAGACAUCAUAAAAUCAGCCCUCUUUGAAUUGAAUAAUCAACCAAAGAAUUGGAAUCGACCCACUCAUUUCUUCCUCCUCUCAAAAUACCAUUCUAAGUAUCAAUUAUCUCAAAAAUUACUUAAUAAAAUUCCCCUCAUUUUUUCUAA